UCUUUGUUUGGGUUGCGCCUGGAAAGUUUUUGUUGGCAGAGAAAAGUUGAAGGUGGUGUCUACUCAGCUGCCCCAAAUUGUGAUUCUCUACCUCAUUCUGGAACAUAUUACACCCAUUUUACAACACCUUAGAGCAGAAAAUGUGUAGCUGAUAAUAUAAGGGCUCUUCAAUGACUCGGAAAUGACGGAAAUUAAUUCGACAAGGAUGUACUCAAGUUGCAGGUGUCGUCCCCCGCUCAUCUGGUGUAAACUCUUGUAGUCUCAGCCUACUUCAGGACUAUUUCGACACAUUUUCGAACACAGAGAUAUAUUUUGCGACAUAUUUGAGUAGAAAAAUGCUGAUCUAAGACGAUAUAUAGUCUCAAAGUGGUGAAAAUAAUAUUUGAAACAAUGUGCGGAAGUUAAGGUGUCGUCCCACUCAUCUGGUGUAAAUUCUUAUUGUUGAAGCCUUAUUUUGGCCUUAGUUACUUAAUUUAACGAAAUUUUUGAGCAGAAAGUGCAGACCUGAGGAGGUGAAAACCCAACUUAACCCCAGAAAUGACAGAAAUUAAGGUGAGAAGGACGUACGGAAGUUGAAUGAAUUGUUUUGGUGAUUUUGUGUAAAUAUUUCUCAGUUAAGUCUUAUAUUUGCUUCUUAAGACUUAUUUCUUGACAAUAGUGCAGAAAAUGUAUACCUGAGGAAAUGAAAACUCCAGAAAUACCGAAAAUUAUGUCGGGAAGAACAUAGAGAACUGAAGCAAAUGGUAUCCUGAAACUCAGAAAACCUCCAAGUCACCAUCAAGAUGCCAAAAGUCAAGACAGGAAGGAUGUACGGCAGCUGCUUCCCUGACUAUGAGCUGAGGCGGAGGGAGGCUGGUCUGAGGGCCACCCUAGGCUGGGAGUCUGGCAUAAGGCGAUCACUCUACUCCUCAAUGAUCCCCUGCACCUCAUGGGACCCCUGUGAGAGUGACCCCAAGACUGGCUUUGUUGGCCAUGGUGGCGUCUUCAAUCUUGAGUUUUCCCCUGACGGGAGUCACCUGGUUGCUGCGUGUGAACAGCGUGCAGUCAUGGUGUUUGACCCACUGUCAAGACGUCAGAUUCAUCACAUACCACAUGCACAUGAUAAUUGUGUAAAUUGCAUCAAGUUCCUAGACUCUCGUGUUUUUGCUUCAUGCAGUGAUGAUCACACGGUUGCACUGUGGGACGUUCGCAACCUCAAGAGGCGCAUCCGUCUCCUCCAGGGCCACACCAAUUGGGUUAAGAAUAUCGAGUACUCUGCUGCUGACGGCAUCCUGGUCACUUCAGGCUUUGACGGAAAAAUCCUCGGAUGGGAUAUUAAUGGGUACACAGAAGAAGGUUUGCUGUCGACGGAGCUGUUCAAAAUGCAGGGGCUGAUGAGAAUGAGACUGAGCCCAGACUGUAGUAAAUUGGUGAUGUGUACUACAGGGGGCUACAUGGUGCUGGUCCACAACCUCAGUCUGGAACACCUCUCACAGGACCUCCAUGACUUUAAGCCCAACAUGUACCGCCUGAUGCAGCUGUCCAACACUCCACUCCCACAAGCUGCAAUGUUCACACACCUCUUCUAUGCCCAGCGAAAUCGAAUUGAAUUCAUCUCAGAUUUUCCACCAUUAAAUGAAGCGGAAGUCAUCCACUCCCUGCAGGUUCACCCUCAAGGCUGGUGCGUCCUCUCCCGCAACACAUCAAUGGAGGAUUCAUCAGAGUGGAGUUGUGUUCAUGACAUCCAGGAACUAGGAGUAACAGCUUGUAAGGAUGAAGAUGAAGAUGAAAAUAGACAUGAAGACAUUGAACCUUAUGAUGAUAUUCCAUCAACAAGUGAACCAGAAGUGCAAAUAUCAUCUCAGAACAGACAGAUGAGUGGGGGAAGUGGUAACAGUAGUGGUAGUAGUAAUGGGGGUGAUGGAGGAGGAGGUGGUGGAAGUGGAAACCUUCACCUGUCAUUGAGGUUCAGCCCUAGAGUGGAGAUAAUGUUGAGACACAGUCCUGGAGAUGAAGGUGACGAUGGUGGGGGUGGUGGAGAUAGUGGUGGUGAAGGGGGGGGAGGUGGUGAAGCAGGUGGGGGGGGAGGAGGAAGUGCCAGUGGAGCUGGAGGAGUGGGGAGUGGUGGGUCUUAUGGGGCUAGCUCAAGUGGAAAUGGCGGUGUUGGAGUCGUAGAUGGUGCAGGCAUUGCUGUAGGAGGGAAUGGAGGAGGGGGAGGAGGUGGAGGAAUCGAUAUACAGUUCAGGUUUACUUCGAUGGAUGUGUUCGAGGCUCUGGAACACAUAAGAGAACGUCGGGAGGAGCAGCGACUUCGACAAGGGAGGCAGCAGCGAUCUACCAGAGAGGAAGGGGAAGGCUCCUCAGCAAACAAUGCUGGGGAGGGAUCCUCACCAGCCUUACAGCGCCUCGGCCGUAACAUGACCUUUAGUGUGCGUAACAGAAGAGACAGAGACUCUGCAAGAGAAAACUCAGGCUCAGAAAGAACUGCAGGCAAUGCUAUCGACUCUCGUAAUGCUUUUUACAUUAGAACUGGUUCAGGCAAUCACAGGGCAAUCUUGUUACUACGUCCCGGACAAAACUAUCCACGAUACUACCGCACUGUUGAUCCCAACCACAAGAUUGCUAAAAAUAUACCACGCUUAACGCACUAUAUCGAAGAACCAAAUGUCGGUCGAGGCUUUAUCAAAGAACUUUGCUUCAAUUCUGAUGGACGGUUAAUAUGUUCUCCUUAUGCUCAUGGUGUGCGGCUCAUGAUGUUUGAUCAGAACUGCUCAGAACUCUCCACAUGUGUCAAAGACACCCCUCAGACUCUCUAUGAUGUGUCAACUAGUAACUGUCAUUCAAACUGUGUUGUGAGUACCAAGUUCUCCCCCACGCACUGCCUUCUAGUCUCAGGCUGUCUUAAUGGUAAAAUUGUCUGGCACCAGCCUGUUCUCUAGUGAAGAUAAAAGUGCACAUAGUGUGAAAAGUGUUUUGUCUCUUUCUGUGCUGCCACGGCUUGAACACUGUUGUGCAGCUGUUUUGUCAGUCAGUUUGUGUUUUCCUACCUAAAGAGAUUAUACUGUAUAGUGUAUUGGAAAUUUGUUGAAAUAUACAGUCAGUGUCAGUUGAAACAAUCAGUCAGCAAAGUGACAUGAAAUACUAAAUGAAGCACAGUGUGGGCUCUAUGUAUUACCUGACUGUUAACUUAGCCUUCACAGCCCAAAAGACUAAGUCCUUGAUGGUGUGGUGUAGCCCAUGCCUAGCAGAUGACGAUUGUCACAGUUUGUAUGCCAAUGAUUGUCAACAGUUUAUAUACCACAGAUGAUGACUGUUACACAGUUUAUAUAUAUAAAUAUAUAUAUACCACUCUGUCAGUUAUUUUUAGAGGUAAUUUUUUCACUAGUUGCUUCUCUUAUCCAGUCUUCCUUAUUUGAAACAGGCAGCAGCAGCAGUAUUUAAGAUGAUAGAUCCAUGUGUCAGUUUAAAUUCCCCAUGUGUUGAGUCAAUUAAUGGCCCAGAGUAAGUCAGUAAACAGCUGGAUGUCAAUCAGUAAAUUGCCAUGUGUCAAUAAGUGGUCAUAUGUCAAGCAGUAAAUGGUCAUGUGUCAAAUCAAUAGAUGGUCCUAUGUUAAGCUGUAAAGGGUCAUGUGUCUAGCAGUAAAUGUAAAUGAUCAUGUGUUAAGCAGUAAAUGGUAAUGCAUCGGUCAGUUGAUGGGCAUGUGUUGAGUGAGUAAAUAGCCAGGAGUCAGUCAGUUUUGGGUAGGUCGAGUGAGACUGUACCAUCCUCUAAUGUCAUCAAUACUGUACUCAAUAUUUGCUCCCAUUUUGUAGACAUAUGUUGUAAUUAGAAAAAUUAUUUGGUCCCAUUUUAUGAAUAAAUGCAACUAUAAUUUUUUGGGGUCAGUUUAGAAUGAUCUGUACUCAUCCUAAAAUGAAGAUGUUUUCAGCAUAAGAUGAUCUUUACUCAGCUUAAGAUGCCUAUACAGGGGUAUACUCGGCUUAAGGUGCUGCCAUACUCAUCUUAAGAUGACUGUACUUGACUUAAGAGGAUGAUGUACUCAGCUUAAGAUGAUGAUGUACUCAGCUUAAGAUGAUGAUGUACUCAGUUUAAGGUGAUGAUGUGCACAAUUAAAGUAGGGGAUGUCCUUAGCUUCAUAUUAUCUCCAAGUUUAAAAUGAAGUACAAUACUUAGCUUAGGAUGAACAUACUUAAGAUGGUGACAUAAUCACUAUCAAGACGAUAUUCUCAGCUUUUGAUAACCACUGCAGACAGUUUGUUAUUAAAUUGACAUAAAAAGAAUUACACGAAGGUACAUUUAUGGAACUAGACACCUGUACUGUAUUGUUUUAGAAUCUAUAUUGACCCACCACACUUCAUUUAGUCAAGUAUUUUAUAGGAGUUGGAUGGGCUGUGACCCAAGAUCCAGAUCAUUGAAGAUUUCUGUGUUAAACUUUAGAUCCUAAUAACUGGAGACAAGAGGACGCUUCUGGUUUUGUUCAAAGUGUCAAGUGCAGUUUUGAUGUCAUAUAGGCUUCCAUCUUUGUAUCGUGUCUUCAGUGAGCCAGUUAGAUGCAUUCUCAGAUCACCAGUUAUGAGGAAGAUUUGAUGUAUGGACCUCUUAAGACUCCGAACCCAGAUUAUUAUUAUUAUUAUUAUUUGUCUUUUGACCACUGUAAUUGUUGUUUAUCAUAGGUUUCCCCUUUAAUCUGCUUCAAUUAUAUGUUCAUUUGUUUUAGCCUAUCAAGUCUUUCAUUUGCAUCUUCCCUAUUACUGUACUUUCAGAAAUGGACAUGAGAAGAGGGUCAGUUUGUAAUGGAAUAUUUUUUUUUUUCUGUUUACUUAUAGAAUUAGAACGUCUGUUUUCUCGGGGUAGGUUUUAUUUACUGUAUAGUGUAUUCUGUGUGGGCCUACAUGGUGUGAUUAUAUUGCUCUGGGCUGGGCGAAGUUAAGUGAGGUUAUUUCUGCGUAGGAAAUACAGGACGCCAACGUAACCUCUAGGAUUGGAACCUUUAGGGCUGGGUCUUCAAUCCUAUUACUAGUUAGUAUAUAGGUUGAGGACUAGUAGAAGAGAGUGACCCAUUAAAACUAGAACCCCAUUUGACCAGCCACUAUGGUAAGGGUUCUUGUCAUCACUAAUUCCCUCCAGCCCAGGGAUGUCACUGCUCAGUAAGGUCAGGUGGUAGUAAAAGAUGUCAGCUAGAGCAUUGUUUUUCACUCCAAGGUUAGUUGUGUUGACUCUUCAUUAGUCUUUAGGGAUUUCUGAUUUUUUAUUUGUAUUUAUAUACUGUACUGUAUAUGUAUUUAUAGUACUGCCCUAUGCUCUUUAUACUAGUCUUGUGCCCUUCUCUCCUCCUAAUAUUCCCCUUUUUCUUGAGGUUGUUAUUUCUGUUGAUCCCCCUACACAUAGAGUGAAGGAGGAAUAAGAAUAAAGACAAUAUAAAAAUAGAUAGGUAGAUAAAAUUUUAAGGUCAUUUAUGCUCCAGUUUUUUAUCUGUUUAAUUUGGUGAUGCACUUUUUACACUGACAUGUCUUUCUGGCAAUUCUGGUUGCUAUUCAUCACCUUUGCUCCCAAGUAGUAGUCUGUCCCCACCCAACAUCUGUAUUUUUGGAAAACUCUACAUUUUGGAACAGAAAAAUAAUUUAUGUUUGGAGAAAUUAACUACAAACACCGGUGUAUUACUGAAGUUCACUUGAUGUACAGUACCGGUAGUGAACGGGGAGUGUAAUUGAAGUAGAGGAGUCAUUCUAUCAUCUACAGUGACAGUUGUCUGUAUCAAGUAGGUCUUUCUAUUAGUAAAAAGUAUUUUCUAAAUUUUA